UUGCACACGCUCAGGCGGCGGCGGGGACAGCUCUAUAAUGUGCGAUGGACUGCAGAGGAAAAGCCAGAGACUAACGCACGGCUGUCAGUUAAUCCCGGUGAAGGGAUUUACCUACAUCGAGAGAGAGACUGAGGGUAGCACUUGGUUCGACAUAAACCAGUAAACAAGGCUUCCUUACUAGGGACACUCCCUCCAUAAAUAAUGUCAACAUGUCUGUGCAAUCAUUGCUUUGUGAGAGAAUCGCUAUUGCUAAGGAAUUAAUGAAGAGAGCAGAAGCCCUUUCCAGAUCACAGAAAGGAGGUAUAGAAGGUGGAGCAAAGCUAUGCACCAAAUUGAAGGCGGAGUUGAAAUUCUUGCACAGGGUGGAGGCAGGGAAGGUGGCCAUUAAGGAGUCCCAUCUGCAGAGUACAAAUCUCACGCAUCUCCAAGCCGUAAUUGAGUCAGCAGAGAACCUGGAGGAGGUCAUCAGUGUCCUUCAUGUCUUUGCCUAUGAAGACUGCUUUGGAGAAAAGCAAACACUGAUGGUAGAUGUUGUUGCAAAUGGUGGCCACACUUGGGUGAAAGCAAUUGGUCGAAAGGCUGAAGCUCUUCACAAUAUUUGGCUGGGCCGGGGCCAGUAUGGCGACAAAAGCAUCAUUGAGCAGGCAGAGGACUUCCUGCAAGCAAGCCAUCAGCAACCAGUGCAAUAUAGCAACCCCCAUAUUAUCUUUGCUUUUUAUAAUAGUGUGUCCAGUCCUAUGGCAGAGAGACUGAAAGAGAUGGGCAUAGCCGUGCGGGGAGACGUAGUUGCUGUUAACUCUUUGGCAGAGCACUUGACUGAAGAGAGACACCUAAGUGCCAGUGAAUCUGAUGAAGAGAGCCCUGAGCGCCUGCAGGUGACCAGAGUAGACCGGGACAAUUUAGUGGCCAGCAUUGCUUUUCCUACAGAGAUCAAAGUAGAUGUGUGCAAUAGGGUUAACUUGGACAUCACUACUUUAAUUACAUAUGUCUCUUCCCUUAGCUAUGGUGGCUGCUACUUCAUUUUUAAGGAGAAAGUGUUAACAGAGCAGGCAGCACAGGAAAGGCAGGAGAGAGUCCUGCCUCAGUUGGAGGCUUUCAUGAAGGGCAAGGAGCUGUUUGCUUGUGAAUCCGCAGUCAAAGAUUUUCAGUCAAUCUUAGAAACUCUAGGAGGACCUGGGGAGAAAGAUCGAGCCAUCUUUCUCAUGAAGAGAAUUAAUGUGGUGCCUGACCAGCCCUCGGACCGUGCCUUAAGACUAGUGGCUAGUUCAAAAAUCAAUAGCCGCUCUCUAGCCAUCUUUGGGACAGGAGACACUUUAAGAGCCAUCACGAUGACCGCAAACAGCGGUUUUGUUAGGGCAGCAGCUAACCAAGGAGUUAAGUUUAGCGUGCUUAUUCAUCAGCCAAGGGCACUGACUGAAAGCAAAGAGUCUGUUGCCACUCCUUUACCAAAGAACUGCACAGCUGAUAGUGGGCUUUGAGUAACCCAUCUAAUUAAUUAGUCAUUAAAAUAACUAACUGUUUAAACCUGCUGCAGUGGAGGCAGUUCAAGAAAUAGAACUCUCAAAACAAUACAUUUUUUUUCUUUUUUGUGUGCCAGAUCCUGAUAGGUGUGGUAACUUACCUUCAAAUGAAAAAUUCAAGAAAAGCAGAAAAUCUGUACACCAUUCAGAAUAGUGAUGGAUGAAGAAAUAUAAGUUAAAACACAUACAUCCUCUGUAUGUGGAAUUUUUGUUCUCAACUCAAUAGAGUAUACAAUAAUUUAUUCAUGGGGAUAACUGCAUUUCAGUGGAAAAUGUUAACUGUGUUCUACCUUAUUAAAAAGUUCAGUUAGAAACUCAA